UCGUCCUUGAAAUACGAAACGCGCUCGGAAUCGGAGUCCUUCGUUCACAUUCGUCGCACAUCCGAGAGCUCGCUCAACGACUUGAAGAUUGAGGGGAGAGGAAGGAGAGUAAGCAGGGUGGUCGGAGAAUCUGGGGGAAUCUGGCGGUAGUGCGUGAUACGUUGUCGUUUCGGUCGGAGUUGUUUGUCGUUUCGCGACGUUAAAAAAACAGUGUAUGUACACAUACGUCACAUACGUCGCGGUGUGUGUCGAGUGUCGUUGCGUCUUAUCAGUAUCGCCGGAAGAGAAAAGAGAAAGAGAUAGAGAGUGCGGCCUGUCGCGUUGUAAAUUGUCCGCGAUCGCAGUGAUCGCACGAGAAACGUUUGAAGCCGGUGUUGUUACGUAGUACGGACCUUAUUGCGCGUUUCGCUUCGCUUCGCUUCAUCUCACCUAGUUUCGUCCCGUCCCGUCCCGUCCCGUCCCGUCCCGUUCCGUUUCGUUCCACGGCUCGUCCGGUUGCUCACCGUCUCGUCUCAUCGAAACACGCAAAAGUGCAUGCUACCGUAAAUUGACAACGAAUCUACGCGCCUCGCGACACACGGCGGAGGAUGUUGGAUCGCGACACGGCGAUACAUCUCGUCGCCGGAGGAGUGGCUGGUACUGCAGGAGCGAUAGUAACUUGUCCACUUGAAGUAGUAAAAACCCGAUUGCAGUCAUCGUCUUCCGGCUUUGAUCCACCUCCAAUAAGCAAAGAAUUUACAUCUGGUCAUCCAACAUGCAAAGGUUCACCAACACCCGAGCAACGUAGGAGGCUGUGCACUGGAUACCCUAGGUAUUCCAGUCACUUCGUAUCUCUUUCACAUUUUCGUGUCUCGACUUCACCUCCGGAUUCUUCCGGAAACGCACCAGGCAUUUAUCAAUGCUUAAGGUACAUCAUCAAGAAUGAGGGUGCACGAGGACUGUUUAAAGGCCUUGGUCCGAAUCUCAUUGGUGUGGCACCCUCCAGAGCUAUAUACUUUUGCGCUUACUCCAAGAGCAAAGUCGCAUUCAAUGCGAUUCUACCUCCCGAUACUCCGAUCGUCCACGUUUUCUCUGCGUCCUGCGCUGGUAAGACUAUACUAUUAUAAUAUUAUUAAAUUAAAUACACACAUAUACACACACACACAACGCGCGCGCGCGCGCGCACACACACACACACACACACACAUAUACCGAUAUACUAUAAUUCUCAUAUUUGUCC